AUGCUGCUGAUUGCGUGGCUCGUGCCGGGCUUGACUUGUCCAAGUCAAAGUCGGGUCGUGAGCUUCGUCAGCUUGGCAGCGCUUGGCCUCCUCAGCUGGCUCGGCCACCACGUGGAGCAGCCGCGCUUUGCGGCUUUGGCGUCAGGAGGCGAGGAACCGGUCAUAGCCUACUCGAGCCUGCUGGCUGGCUUCCCCAGCCCGGACGGCCAGGUGCCCAAGGCGGUCCUGGCAGCAAUGCAGGGCAAGGUCGCCGUCGACCUGACGACAGACGCCGCGGCCCGCGGCUUGACGCAGCAGGGCCUCGAGAGGAUCCUCGAGUCCACCGGCGACGACGUCCACUUCAAUGGGCUUGUGGUUGAGAGCCUGUCCAUCCCCCAAGAGGCGGUGGUGGAAGGCUUGGCGAAAUCGCAUCCGACCCUUCUGCACCUCCCUGGCUUCGAAAACGUCCCGGCGGACUCCUGGGAGCGCUUGGGCGCGAGCCUGGACAGCGACCGCUUGCGGAAGGUGGACCUCAGAGUGUGCUUCCGCGUUUCUGGCGCGGGCUCCAAGGCGCUGCUGACCGGGCUGGCGCGGUGCCGGAAGCUGCAGGCCUGGGCAGAGCUCGGAGCCGCGGAGUGGCCGGAGCUCCGGAAGGCCAGCUUUGGUAUGUGUUUCGACUCAAGCGGCUCGGGCUCGGAGGAGCUGCUGGCAGCUUUGGGCCGCUCCCAGCAGCUGGAGGAGGUGGACUUCAGAGGGAGCGAGAGGAUCCCCGACGCGGCUUGGGAGCUGCUGGGCGACGGGGCGUGGCCUCGCCUCCGCGUUGCCGAAGGCGUCCCGGAAAAGCACCUGGAGCGCCUGCGCGAAGCUUCUCUGGACCUCGAAGCGGCUGCAGGCGAGGCGGCAAGCUCCAUGGAGCUGCAGGGCUGGUUUCCCGGCGGCUGCUGGGCGAAGCAGGAGCCCGGUGCCAAGCAGCUGCCGAUGUACCCGGCUUUCAUCACCUCCGUGGUGAUGCCGGAAGCGCCAGCGGCAGUUCAGGGGGACUUCGGCCUGCUGCCCGCUCUGGCCCGCUCCGAUGUCGAGGAGCUCAACUUAGAUCGGUGCCGGGACGUCCCUGCUGCUGCGUGGCAGCAGCUCGGCCAGGCUCAGGGUGAGGCGUUCCAGAAGCUCAGGAAGGCGAGCUUCGCAUGGUGCUUCGACAGGGAUCCCAAGGGCACCGAGGGCGCCGCCGGGCUGCUGCUGGCCUUGAGCCGCUGCCAGCAGCUGCAGGAGCUGGGCAUGGCGGGCUGCUCCAAAGUCCCGGCCGCGGCCUGGCAGCUCCUGGCAACCGCCCGCUGGGAGCAGCUUCGGAAGGCGGAUUUCUCUGAGUGCUUCGGCUUUCUUUCCAAGGGCGGCGAGGGCGCCGCCGGGCUGCUCUCGGCCUUGGCACGCUGCCGGCAGCUGCAGGAGCUGCUGAUGCGCGCCUGCGAUCAAAUCCCGGCUUCGGCGUGGCAGCAGCUCGAGGGCGCUCAUUGGCCGAAGCUCACCUAUGUGAGCUUCUACGGGUGCUUCGGCAGCGACUCCAAAUGCAUCGAGGCGGCAGCUGGGCUUCUCGCCCUCCUCGGCCGCUGCUCCGAGCUGCAGGUCCUCAUCCUGGAAAAAUGUGACCACAUCCCGGCUGCGGCGUGGCAGCAGCUCGAGGGCGCCCAGUGGCCGAAGCUGACGAAGGUGGACUUCCACAGGUGGCAGGCACCCAGCCGUUGCACAGGCGGCCGGCAGCAAGCCAUUUCAGUGGGAAGCUUCGAUGUUCUCAGGGACAGGUGCUUCGGCAAAUACUCCAAGGGCAUGGAGGCUUCUGCCAUCCUCCUCUCCGUCCUCGGCCGCUGCCCCGAGCUGCAGGACGCGACUGCUCUUGCAAGCUGGUUUUUUGUAUGCAUUGGAUUCCGCGUCGCUCGUUCAUAG